UUCCGGCCUCAAGGUGUCUCUGUGGCCUAGUGACAGGCUGCCUGCCACUUCCUGACAGAGAGAAAACGAAAUUGAAUGCAGAGAGGAGAGGGAAGCAAAUAACAGGGCUGUCGAAGACGCAACGCUGGAAGAUUGUGGGCGAAGGACAUGAGUGUGAAGAAAUGGCAGAACAUCAUAUAAGGAAUGCUCUGGAAAAUGUAUUAAUUCAUCAGCCAGGAGCCCUGACCCCUGAACUCCUGGAUAAAAUGUUGGAAUUGCCUUUAAGAGAACGGUAUCAGAGACUAAAUGCGGAGGAUCUAAUAAAAGGGGGAACACAGGUAUCACGUUUACACUCUGUGAUCACUGCUCUCAACAUCCUUGAGAAGUAUGGAAGGAAUCUUUUGUCCCCACUUCGACCGAAGUUCUGGAGGAGUGUCAAAUUUAACAACCCUGUUUUCAAGACAACAGUAGAUGCCAUUGAGGGUGGACGAUUUGUUUUGUCUCUUUAUGGCUACUCUCAAUCACUUCCUGAUGGCCUAAGUUUUCCAGAUUCUGUUCUGGAACCAGAUGUCUCUACUGUUGCAGCUGUAACCGCUGAUGUGAUUAUUCUUCACUAUGAACUCAAUCUUCUCGUCUCGAAAACACACCCACGCCAGAAGGAAGCAGCACAAGAACUUUUAGGUGGUGAACUGCCACAGCAGUCUCUUGUUGCUGAUUACAUAAGUGUAUCUAAAGAUCCACAUCCAGCCACUUCUGACAACAACAAAUGUACAGAAACCACCUCUGCUGGUUGUUUUCUUUGUGGUACUUUGGCUUGUUCUGUGUUUUGUUGUUCUUGUAAUGAGAUGCUCUGUGAGGAGUGUGAUAAGAGAGCACACUCUCACCCAGCCCGUGCCGAACAUGUGCGUCUACCCUGUGGCAAUACAGCAAUGGCAAGGCCGGUGGAUCAGGGCUCCCCCUCUCCAGUAUCAUCUCGCCCUCCUUGGAAAUGUUACUCUUGUCACUUUGAAAAUAAAGGGGGUUCCAUUCUGUGUGUGGAAUGUGACCGUCCCCGUGGCUGUACCAGCAGCCUUUCAAACCAGUCACUUGGAAGUACUCUACAGAGAGACAGCUGGGAAUGCCAGGCUUGUACCCUACAAAAUUCUGCAUCUGCCGUUCUAUGUUCAGUGUGUGAUCGUCCCCGAUUGGCAAGCAAGCCAACUCAGGAUGGCUACGAUUCUGCUGCUUUGCUUUUGAGAGAUAUACAGAGAGAUAAUAAGAGUAUCACAUACCCUGUGAGAGAAGGUGAAAAGGCAGGUCUAUCUUCCAUAAAAAACCACCAAGAGAAUACGUUUGAAACAGAAAGCAUUGGUCCACUGAUAGACCAUACAAGGCGAGAAGAAGAGAUUGCUAAAAGUGAGGGCUGGCAAUGCUCCCACUGCACAUUUUUUAACACACAAAAUGGACGUGUUUGUGAGAUAUGUGACAGGGCCAGGGAGGGGACAGCAGCUGCUGAACAACCCAAAGUCCUCGAUAUGCAUGUGCAGGAGGAGAUCCGGCAGAAGCAACUAAGAGAGGAUGGAGCUAAAAUAGUAGCAUUGAUCCGGAAAGGUGAGAAGAAUGGUGUACUUCCUGAAGAGGUGUGUAGCGCAAUACGAUACUCUGGUACAGAAGUGCCUGAGCGGUGGCUGCAGACUGAACUUCCCUAUGUAUUAGAGCGUCUACUGGAUGCUGCUUCACAGAAAGCAAGAGAUAUGGUUGGUGCCCUGACAGUGGAAGAAGCUCGUGAGGCUUGGGUGUCCAGUGGUGGAGACAUGGAUGCUGCAGUCAUCUUAUGUUUGACAGAGCGAAGGAGGAAGGUUGAUGCUCUCUCCACCUUAGGUUUUCCAGACAAGGAUAAAGUGGUUGCUGCUCUUUAUGAAAGUGCUGGAGAUGUUGGUAGAGCACUAAGUAUAUUACAGAAACCACUUCUAGAGCCUUUCCUUAUACGCAUGUGGGAAGAAUCACAACCACCCCUUCGGCUGGACUCAGCAGAUAGACAGGCAGUUCUCCGCAGGUUACUUGCAGAGCAUUCCUUGCAUAGUUGGGGUCGGGCAGAGCUAGCUUUGUCACUCCUUCUUGAAGGAGAAGGACGCUAUGAGCUCCAGGAUGUUGUUGAGGCAGUGCGUGAAUCACAGGACAGAGACUUUAUCAAGAGGAUGUUAACACAGGAGUGUGCAGUGUGUGGAUGGGAGCUCCCCCGUAACAAGAUGCGUUCUUUAACCUCAUGUGAGUGCUGUAUCUGUCCUGAUUGCUUCCGGACACAUUUCACUGUAGCAGUAAAAGAGAAACAUAUUAGAGACAUGAUAUGUCCAGCAUGUGAAGCACCAGAAAUAAGCAAUGAGGAUGAGCUUCUUCACUAUUUCUCUACUCUAGAUAUCCUGUUACGGGACACUUUGGAGGUUGAUGCGUAUAAUUUGUUUCAUAAAAAGCUGACUGAAAGAACACUUAUGAAAGAUCCAAAAUUCCUGUGGUGUACACAUUGCUCCUUCGGAUUCAUUUAUGAACGAGAUCAGCUGGAUGUGAAAUGCCCCCAAUGCCAUUGCAGUUUCUGCAGGAGCUGCAAGAGACCUUGGGAGGAACAGCACCGGUCUUUGAGCUGUGAAGAUUUCCAGAAUUGGAAACGGGAAAAUGAUGCAGAAUACCAAGCUCAGGGAUUGGCAGUAUAUCUGCAGGACAAUGGGAUCACCUGUCCCCAUUGUAAGUUUUCUUAUGCUCUUGCACGAGGGGGAUGCAUGCACUUCAUAUGUUCUCAGUGUCGCCACCAGUUCUGCAGUGGCUGCUACAACACCUUCCACCCAAGGAAUAAAUGUACAGUCCCAUCGUGUAUGGUAAGGAUGUCUCUCCAUGCUCACCAUCCUAGAGAUUGCCUCUUUUACCUACGAGAUUGGGAUGUGACACGUCUGCAGAGACUACUUCAGAUGUCAAAGGUGCAGUUUAACACAGAGCCCCCUGCUGGAACACAAACGGUUCCAGGAGGUGGAUGUCGUGUUGUAGAGCAAAAGGAGAUACCCGAUGGCCUUAGAGAUGAAGCUUGUGGCAAAGUAACAUCUCCAGGAUAUGCUGGAUUAUGCGAGUCGCAUUAUAAGGAAUACCUUGUAAGCCGUAUUAACGCUCGGUCUCUGGAUCCAUGUGUUCUCUAUGAUCUGGCUGAGACAGUGAAUGUGUGUCAACGCUACCUUCCUUUAUUGCCUCUACAAGAUCUCAAUGAGGAUGAGGCCAGCUAUAAAGAGCGUCUCCUGGGGGUUCUAAUGUCGGAGGUUCCAUUGAGUCUGAACAUUCCACGGAAGCAGCAUUAAUUAUUCCUGUUUUUGGUUUGCACAGUUCUCUGGUAGUGCCAUGUGAAGGAACACCUAAAUUAUCUGCAACAGAUUAACACCAAAAAGAUGUAUAGUUGUGCUGUAAUUGCAAAAUAAAAUAUAUUCUGUAUAAAUGUGUCAAUAUCUGAAAUAUGUUUAUUUUACCAGUACCCAACUUUACUUACUGUCUGUUUCACCCUAAUUUUUUUAAUUUUUGUUGCAAUAUGGUCCAUCUGUUGUCCCUUUGUGUGUAUUGACCAGGCUUUGCUAUUAAAUAACAUUAUGAUUGGU